AUGGCUACGGUGGAGGGGCGGCCGGCGCAAUAUGGCGUCACCCUACGGCAGCUGCGCGAGCUGAUGGAGUCUCGCGGCGCCGAGGGCAUGGCCAAGAUCAACGCGCUCGGCGGUCCGCAGGACAUAUGCAAGAAACUCUACACAUCAUCCACAGAUGGUCUUAGCGGUUCGAAAGCGGACCUGCAGCACAGGCGCGAAGUGUUCGGUUCAAACCUUAUCCCGCCGAAGCCCCCAAAGACGUUCCUCACGUUAGUCUGGGAGGCCCUGCAGGACGUUACCCUCAUUAUCCUCGAGGUGGCUGCUGUCGUCUCGUUAGGGUUGAGUUUCUACAAGCCGCCAGAUGACCCAACCGACCCCGCACAUCUUGACGAAGAGGAAGGUCAUUACCAAUGGAUCGAAGGAUUGGCAAUUUUAAUAUCAGUCAUAGUCGUCGUUAUAGUAACAGCGUUCAACGAUUACACAAAAGAAAGGCAAUUCAGAGGGCUGCAGUCACGGAUAGAAGGCGAGCACAAGUUCGCCGUGAUCCGGGGCUCCGAGGUGAAGCAGGUACCGAUCAGCGAGAUAGUCGUCGGCGAUAUCUGUCAGAUCAAGUACGGUGACCUGCUGCCCGCUGAUGGCGUACUGCUGCAGAGCAAUGACUUGAAGAUCGACGAAUCAUCGCUGACCGGCGAAUCGGACCAUGUCAAGAAGGGAGAAUCUUUUGAUCCCAUGGUGCUAUCUGGUACUCACGUCAUGGAAGGCUCCGGCAAAAUGCUAGUAACAGCUGUUGGUGUGAAUUCCCAAGCUGGUAUCAUCUUCACUCUCCUUGGCGCUGCGGUCGAGAAUCAGGACAAAGAAAUAAAGCAGAUGAAGAAAGAGGCUAAAAAGCAGCAACGAAAGGGAACCCAGCGCAAGAGUUUGUCCGGUGAGGAGGAUGUUACCCUGCCAUCGUCCGGGAACAGUCAUGGCGCUAAUCACGCCCGGCCCGACGACAACCACGUCGCCGCUCCCGUCAGUGACAAGCCGCCCGCUGAGACAUCGCACAAGAAGGAGAAGUCUGUACUGCAGGCUAAACUGACCAAGCUUGCCAUACAGAUCGGUUACGCUGGCUCCACCAUCGCUGUACUGACUGUGAUCAUCCUAGUCAUCCAGUUCUGCGUCCACACGUUUGUUAUCGAGGAGAAGCCUUGGAAAGCGACGUACGUUAAUAACCUGGUGAAGCAUCUGAUCAUUGGUGUGACGGUGUUGGUCGUCGCUGUGCCUGAAGGUCUACCGCUCGCUGUCACUCUCUCGCUCGCUUACUCUGUCAAGAAAAUGAUGAAAGACAACAACUUGGUCCGUCACUUGGACGCUUGCGAGACCAUGGGCAACGCCACCGCCAUCUGUUCAGACAAGACCGGCACUCUCACGACCAACCGCAUGACAGUGGUCCAGUCCUACAUCUGCGAGAAGCUGUGCAAGGUCACGCCGAACUAUAGAGAUAUUCCGCCGGAAGUGGCUGAGACCAUGAUUGAGGCUAUCUCCGUAAAUAGUGCUUUCACUUCCAGAAUUAUGCCAUCUCAAGACCCGGCCGGCCCACCAAUGCAAGUAGGUAACAAGACCGAGUGCGCUCUACUGGGCUUCGUAGUUGGCCUUGGCCAGAGCUACGACCACGUGCGAGAGAAGAACCCUGAGGAGUCGUUCACCCGCGUCUACACCUUCAACUCGGUGCGCAAGAGCAUGUCCACUGUCGUGCCCUACAAGGGCGGCUACAGGCUAUACACCAAGGGUGCCUCUGAAAUCGUACUCAAGAAAUGCGCAUUUAUUUACGGUCACGAGGGUCGCCUGGAGAAGUUCACCCGCGACAUGCAAGAUCGCCUCGUCAGACAAGUCAUCGAACCGAUGGCUUGCGACGGACUCCGGACCAUCUCUGUGGCGUACAGGGACUUCGUACCUGGCAAAGCUGAGAUUAACCAGGUGCACAUAGACCAAGAACCGAACUGGGACGACGAGGACAACAUCGUGAAUAAUCUGACCUGUGUAUGUGUUGUGGGCAUCGAGGAUCCUGUGCGACCAGAGGUACCAGAAGCUAUCAAGAAGUGCCAGAAGGCCGGCAUCACGGUCCGCAUGGUGACGGGUGACAACGUGAACACGGCGCGCUCCAUUGCAGUCAAGUGUGGUAUACUCAAGCCCUCGGACGACUUCCUCAUACUCGAGGGCAAGGAAUUCAAUCAACGGAUCAGGGAUGCCAAUGGAGAGGUCCAACAGCACCUACUGGACAAGGUGUGGCCGAAGCUGCGCGUGCUGGCUCGCUCGUCGCCCACGGACAAGUACACGCUGGUGAAGGGCAUGAUCGAGUCCAAGGCCUUCGACAAACGCGAGGUGGUCGCCGUCACUGGCGACGGAACCAACGACGGACCCGCCCUCAAGAAGGCUGAUGUUGGAUUUGCUAUGGGUAUCGCCGGCACGGACGUAGCCAAGGAGGCGUCGGACAUCAUCCUGACCGACGACAACUUCUCGUCCAUAGUAAAGGCUGUGAUGUGGGGCCGCAACGUGUACGACUCCAUCGCCAAGUUCCUCCAGUUCCAGCUCACCGUCAAUGUGGUCGCUGUCAUCGUCGCCUUCAUCGGCGCCUGCGCAAUACAGGACAGUCCCCUUAAGGCCGUACAAAUGUUAUGGGUGAACUUAAUCAUGGACACGCUGGCGUCUCUAGCGCUGGCCACGGAAAUGCCCACGCCCGACCUGCUGCAACGCAAACCCUACGGAAGGACCAAGCCGCUUAUCUCCCGUACUAUGAUGAAGAACAUCCUCGGACAGGCCAUCUACCAGCUUUUUAUUAUUUUCUCGCUUCUGUUUGUCGGCGACAGGAUGCUAAACAUACCGUCGGGUCGCGGCCAACAAUUAUCAUCAGAACCAUCGCAGCAUUUCACAAUCAUCUUCAACACGUUCGUGAUGAUGACGUUGUUCAACGAGAUCAACGCGCGCAAGAUCCACGGCCAGAGGAACGUGUUCCAGGGGCUGUUCACCAACCCCAUCUUUUAUUCUAUAUGGAUCGGGACUGCACUUUCACAGGUUGUAAUCAUCCAAUUCGGCGGCAUGGCGUUCAGCACGGCGGGUCUGACGAUAGACCAGUGGCUGUGGUGCUUGUUCUUCGGAGCCGGCACCCUCGUGUGGGGUCAGCUGGUCACCACCAUGCCCACAAAGAAAAUACCCAAGAGACUGUCAUGGGGCCGAGGCCAGCCCGACCCCGAGAGUAUCCAGCCGGGGCCGGACUACGACGGGGACCUCGACAAGAAGCCGCGCGCCGGACAGAUCCUCUGGAUCCGCGGACUCACACGUUUGCAGACACAGGUGAUAGGUGGCGAGUUACAAGAACGAUUGAUACCCGUCCCCUACAGCAAGACGUCUACUGAUCAAGCUAUCCGCGUGGUGAACGCGUUCCGGCAGGGGCUGGACUCGCGCGGCUCGCUAGCGGACGCCGCGCUGGCAGAGGCGCUACGCAAGCAGACGGCGCUGUCGAAGCGCUUCUCGCACUCGUCCAGCAUCGACUACGCCGACACGGCGCGGGACACGCUGGCGCCGCACGACAUCGACGUGGAGCGGCUCAGCUCUCACAGCCACACCGAGACCGCUGUGUAA